AUGGCAAAAGGUGGAAACCGAUAUUCUUCAAUGAGCAAUGAUGGCAAAUGGUUUGCUCAUCCAGUAUCAGCAGAAAAUGAGACCAGGAGUCGGGAGCUUUGUACAAGCACUGGGAUCAUGCUGACUCAGGUUCAAUCAUCAUUGCCUCAGGCUUUGAACAUAGAGCGCUAUCCUAAAUGGAAAACUCAGCAGAAAUCCAGAGAAUAUCCAUUCUCCGAACAUGACAACAAGCAUGCCUUAAAAAACAACAUCUCUCUCUUCACUCACGGUGUGGGGCGCAGGAAGUGUCUUGAUGAACAGCAAAACUCCCACUUCUGCUUGUGCCACGAUGGAGCUUACAGCAGCCCUGGGGGGACUGGGAGGAACCUUACGGUACACCAGACUGACUUUACGACCAAGCAGCCUGUUAAUGAUCCAACCGGCACCAGGAGGUUCCCCCGCAACCACAAGCAGAAGUCUGCGGAGGCAGCGUUGUCGCAAGCGGGGGAGAAAUUCUUGUGGUUCGGGCGACUCGACUCCAACCACUCGGAUACCCUACAAGUGCUCGCAGCUACCAACUGCUCAGCACCGUCCGAGGCCUGA